UUAUUUUGAAACAGAGGCGUUCUUCCACUUCCUGUUUGAGAGCCGCUCCAGAGACAUGCACACGUGCCCUCAAUUUGGCUAAUUAACUAGCUGUGUCUUCUUCUUCUUCUUCUUCUUUUGUUGUGUUUCUCUUAACUCUUUCCAUCAGCAAUUCCGUCUGUGAGUCCAACGACCCCGGCGUCCACAGCCAGUAGAAGCGGGGAGAUGUUCUGCUGUCUUCACACACUGCCGGUCCCGCUGCAGUUCUGCAUGGGAAUGUGCUUCCACCCGAAACUGUCAGAAGACUGUAAAAAGGCCAAGCUCCAGAGCUCCAAAAUAGAGCAAGACCUCCAUGAACAUGCCAGGAAUGAGAUGCACGUGGUGAAGAUCCUCAUGCUCGGAGCUGCAGAGAGCGGGAAAAGCACUCUGAUCAAACAGAUCAAGAUCAUCCACAGUCAGGGCUUCUCCGAAACGGAGCUCCUCAGUUUCAAGCCUGCCAUACUGGACAACCUGCUGACCUCUAUGAAGUUUGUUCUUCGUGGAAUGGGGACGCUCAGGAUCAACCUGGCUAACAAGAACAAUAAGCGCACCUCAGUGGAGGUGAUUGCUCAACAUUAUGAUCACCACAGACCUACUGAUCUCUUUGGACCUGGUAGAUUUUGGACGUGUGCCCGCUCCGUCCUGUCCUGCGAUCGGUGUUUGGGGGACGACCAGGAGCUGCUUCCCUUUGUGGCUCACGCCGUCUGCGCGCUUUGGGCCGACCAAGGGGUGCGAGCGGCUGCAGCCAGAGGUUACGAGUUUGAGCUGAACGACUCCGCACUCUAUUUCUUUGAAAACAUUAGUCGAAUCAUCGCUCCCAAAUACGUUCCCACGGAGACGGAUGUUCUGAGAGUGAGAGUGAGGACCUGUGGAAUCAUUGAGACGCAGUUUCAACUUAAUGAAAUGAUCUUUCGGUUGUAUGAUGUCGGAGGGCAGCGCGGUGAGAGGAGGAAGUGGCUCCGCUGCUUUGACUGCGUUCAGGCAGUGCUGUUUGUCGUGGCCCUCAGCAGCUAUGAUAUGACACAGGCAGGGAAUCGACUGCAGGAAAGUCUGGAGCUUUUCAAAUCUAUCUGUACCAACACCGUCUUUAGGAGCGCCUCACUGAUUCUGUUCAUGAACAAAACUGAUCUUUUCCGGAACAAGAUCCUACACUCUGGAAGACACUUAAGAUGUUACCUUUCUAGCUACAAAGGAGCAGAUGGUGACGUGGACGCUGCAGCCCACCACAUCGCUGCCAUGUUUUUGUUGCCUAACAGCAGCCCAGAGGAGCCAGUGUACCAUCACUUCACCACCGCCACAGACACCACCAACGUGCAGGUGGUCUUCCACAUGGUCAUCGAUCAGGUCAUGAAGGGGAAUCUAGCAGCUGUCCAGCUGCUGUAAAAGGCCAAGGUUUUUUAGAUUUUAUGUGUGUGUGUGUGUGUGUGUCAUGCAGCGGUGGAAUUUUUAUUUCAUCAGUUGUUUUUACCUUGUGCAAAUUAUUGCUCAUUUUUUAACGUUUUAUCAGCUAUUUACCAUAAUGGUACAGAGUCCCUAAUUUAUUUUAAAACCUUUUAAUAAAA